UUCAAAUUUUAAUAUUAUCGGGUAUAUCGGCCUUAUCGGAUGAGGCAGAUUAAGGCUUAUCCGUAGCCGUAGGUUUACAGGUUUAGAUAUAACUUACGAAUCUUUUUGCAAAAACUUUGUAAAAUCAUUUCCAUUAUUUAACUCUAGAAGUCAUUCAUCAGUUACCGUAUCAUAAUUUUUUACAACGAUUUGAGUAUGUGCUUAUAAUAUAAAUUGAGCUGUUAAUAGUUUGACGUUGUACAGUUGAACUAUGUCAGACGAAACUGAAAUUAUUUGUAGGCUAUGUGGACUUUCGUGUAAGCAAUGUUUUAAUAUUUUUGAUAAGCUAACUUGUGUAAAUAAGUUACAAUAUAAAAUUGAACAAUUAUUAGAUAUAGCUGUUGGUGAAAGUGAUAAUUUGCCUCAUUCUGUGUGUGUACCUUGUGUGACUAAACUUGAUAGUAUGUGGUGUUUCAAGAAUAAUUGCCAUCAAGUGCAAAUUAAACUUAGAAGAAUAAGAGGUUUUGAUGAAUCAAAUAAUGCUAAUUGCAAAAGCCUGCAAUCUAAAAUUGAUGGUGAGUUUUUGAAUCCAGACAAUUUGAGAUAUGAAAACAUCUUAUCUACAAGUUUGCCUUUGCAAACUUCUGCUUCCAAUCGGUUAACUUUUUGUGAUUUAUUGAUAAAGUUUGAGAACGUUGAUGAUUACUCAGAUGAUGUGGGUAAGCUAAACCAAAUAUCUACUCAUCCUAGUGCUUUAGUAUCAGUUGAUGUGGAUGAAGAUUGUAAUGAUCAAAAAAGUGUUAAACCUGAGCCACAAAGCUUCUCACAUUUAGACUAUGAUAAUGGGUGGAAUAUGGAAGACAACUCAAUGUCUAUGAUAUAUGAAGAACAUGAAUAUCCUAAUGUGGAAUGCAGCGUCCACAAAGAUGUGAAUAUUGAAAGCAUGUCUUGUGAUGAUUCCUCAUGUAGUGAUACUAACAGUCUGGAUUCAUCUAAAAUUUCUUCCUCGGAGGAUACAGAUAAUGAUCCUACAUAUGACCCUACAUAUGAUGAUGAUAAAAAUGUGCAGCCCUUUAAAACACACAAUUACAGGAUAGAAACGAACGGAAAAUCUGACCUUUUGUGCAAUAGAAUUCCCUAUCUGCUUGUCGAGUCUCACAUUGGUUCCAAAAAUAUGGUAUUCAUUAUUUCCCCUGAUCCAUCAAAAUUCAAUGCUGAGAAUGAUGAUGUAAUUGAUACUGAUAAAUUAUAUCUCACGCCCAAGACAAUUAAUUUAAACGAUUCUAAUUUCAUUCCAACACUGAUUAAAUGGCUGAAUAAUCUUUUGGAAGGCAAAAUAUCAUCAAUGCCCUAUUAUCUUGGCUGGAAAGAUAGCAAAAAUCAGUUUACUAUAGGGUUCAAAUGCAUUUUAUGUAAACAAAUUCUUCCUAGGAAAAAACAGAGUGUGAUGAAUCAUUUAGCAGAUCAUCUUUUGUGGAUUUGUCCAGUUUGUGGCAAAUUUUAUAGAUGUGAGAAUCUCUUUAAAAAUCAUUUAUCUAAACAUUCAUCUCCUUCCUUUGAAUGUGCAACAUGCAGUGAGAGUCUUGGUAGUGAUUUUGAAAAAUACAAACUGCACAAACGUGGUCAUUAUAAGUUCAGUUGUCCAACUUGCAAGUUUCAUUGUUCUAGUGAAAAAAUGUGGUCAAAGCACUUGAUGAAGGAUCGGAAAAAUGUCGAACUAAGCUCUUUGGAUUGCAGUUUGUUUUAUGAGAGCUUUGACGAACUACGCCAUCAUGUUUCGGAGCUUGCAACUCUGGAAGGUUAUGUUUGUGGCGCAUGUGGAAUGGCCUAUCAUUGCGAGGAAUAUCUGAAAACGCAUAUGAAAGUUCAUGGUUUGGAGCAUGGGAAUAAUAAUUCUUGUGACAAAAGUUUUGAAAACAAUGACUCCAAAUUUCUAGUGAAACUUGAUUACCUCAAAAACUCUAGCAAAGAGGAACAUUAUGAUAAAUUGAAAAAAAUACUGGUCAAUGAAACUGAUGUGAAGGAAUUUCAAACCUCUUCUAUGGCACUAGGUGGCAAAGUUUCUACUGCAUUUAUUUGCUUCAAAUGCUAUAGUUGCGUCAAAACUGAAAAGCAAUUUAGACUACAUAUUGAAAGCCAUUUGUUGAUGACUUGUAGUAAGUGCAAGAAGUGUUAUAAUCAGAUAAAGACUUUUACAGGUCAUUUUCGAAAGUGCUCUUUUGAGACAAGAAAGUGUGUGCUCUGCAAAAAUGAUAUAUGGCUCAAUACCCGUGAAAAGUUUAUCGAGCAUCUAUCUCUGCAUAAGAAGAAGAAGAUUUGCAUCUAUUGUCAGGUGAUUGAAGAAAACCCAUAUAAGCUUGAGCGACAUAUCAAAUCUUCACAUCGUGGUCCGAAAUCUUGGUUCUGUGACAUUUGUAAUGAAUCAGUGAUUGCAUCAUGCAAAACUCUACGUUCUUCUAAAUUCAAACAUAUGCAAGUUGAACAUCCUGCCGUUAAGGAAGAUUACACCUGUACUUAUUGCAGUAGGAAAUAUCGCUCCAAAGAGUAUCUUAUUCAUCACAUUCAGAAGCACAUGGCUGAGAAGAGCUUCAAGUGUGAGAUUUGUAAAAAAUCUUUCAUCCAGUUGGGUCUUUUGAAGAAGCACCUGAAAGACAUGCAUCCUGAUUCAAACCGCAAGUGUCAAGUGUGUGGCAAGCAGUUCAAGUAUUUUGCAACAUAUAGCACUCAUAUGAGCAAGGCACACACAACUAACAAAGGUGCUAGCAGGAAGACUGGGAAGAUUGGGAAAACAUCAAAUCGCAAACUUUGAACGUUUGCUGAGAGUCUGUGCCAAUCAUGAAUCCUAAUCAUCCUAUCCCGGAAUAAAUUAUCUUAGCCACAUCUCAAAUCUUUACUGGAGUUUUGCAAAGACCUAAUUUAAAAAUUGAACAAAAAAGAAAAAUUAAAUGAUGUCAAAGAUUUGCUCAAUCUAGUAUGUUUGCACCUAUGUAUUAAUUUGUUACGUAUUCUUCGUAUCCUAAAUUGAUUUUGUUGUAAUCUAAUGAAGUUUUCUAUUUUUCUAUUUCAUCAUAUUUGUGUAAUGAUAGUAUUUUCGCACUUCUGUAUUUGUUGAUUCAUGAAUAAACCGCAUAUACGUCAUAUACUAUAAUGACGUAUAAAGUUUUCUAUUUUUCUAUUUCAUCCUAUUUGUGGAAUGAUACGUUUUGUACUGAUUAAAACUAUUUCUA